AUGUUUGAAGAGAUAUUAAACUUGGGGGAUAGCUGGUUCCCAUGGGGAGCUGUAGAUACCCAUCAAAGGGAUGCUGAAAAUUCUGAUAUCUUGAAGAACAUCCUUCCCAAAGAGAUUAAUAAUUUCUGUACAAUUAACUUUGAGGUUGUGCCAUACCCAAAGGAGAAGUAUGGACAAUUCUACCAAGGAGAUGCAUACAUUGUCCUCCAUACCAUUGAUAUCAAAGGGACUAAGAAGUGGGACCUGCAUUUCUGGCUUGGAUCCCAAUGUUCUCAGGAUGAGGCAGGAGCAGCAGCUAUCAAGACAGUAGAGCUUGAUGACCAACUCGGAGGCGUUCCAGUCCAGCACCGAGAGGUGGAAGGUCACGAGUCUUCCCUAUUCCUUGCCUGGUUCAAGAAGGGUGUGAGAUACCUGAAAGGAGGUGUCGCAUCAGGCUUCCAUCAUGUUGAUCCCGAUGAGCCCUACCCAGCCCGCCUCUUCCACGUUAAGGGCCGUAGAAAUAUCCGCAUCAGGCAGGUUGAAGUAGGUGUUGGAUCCAUGAACAAGGGUGACUGCUUCAUCCUUGACUGCCGCUCUGAGGUGUACGUGUACAUGGGUUCGGCAAGCAGAAGGAUGGAGAGAAUGAAGGCCAUUAUGGCUGGCAAUGGCAUUAGGGAUGAUGACCAUGCUGGCAAGUCAAAGGUGAUUGUUAUCGAUGAGAGUGCAUCAUCAAGUGAGAUUGAAGCAUUCUUCGAGGCUCUUGGUGGCGGCUCCCCAGAUGACAUUGCUGAUGAGGAUGCUGCAAUGGAGGAUGCUGCUUUCGAACGCUCAGAGAAUAAUGUGAUAUCACUGCACCAUGUGUUUGAAGAUGAUAACAACAUUAUCCAGACCAAUCUCAUUGGAGAAAAGCCCCUUCUUCAGAGCAUGUUGGACUCUGGGGAAAACCAGCAGGACUGCUUCAUUCUGGAUACAGGCGUCAGUGUCUAUGUCUGGAUUGGCAGCGGAUCCAGCAAGAAGGAGAAGGUCAAGAGCAUGGAGAUGGCUGCUGGAUAUAUGGAACAGAAGGGCUAUCCAAAGUGGAUGAGUGUGCAGCGUGUUGUUGAGAAGGCUGAGCCUGCAGUUUUCAAGUCCUACUUCAAAAUGUGGAAGGAGCCAGAGGAAACAGUUGGUCUCGGCCGUGUCUUCACAGAGCGACAGAUCUCAACUGUUUCUGUACCUGAAGUUGACUUCGAUGUCAGCAGCCUUCAUUCUGAGAAACGUCGCUUGUUGAGGAAGAAUGCUGGCCCAGCCUUUGGCUUUAUGCCAGAUGAUGGUUCAGGCAAGAUUGAGAUUUGGCGCGUGGAGGACUUUGAGCUGCAGCCUGUUGAUGAAGGAACUCACGGCUUCUUCUUCGGUGGCGAUUCUUAUGUUAUCAAAUAUACAUAUGAAGUUAAUGGACAAGAAAAAUACAUCAUAUAUUUCUGGCAGGGCAUUGCAAGCAGCCAGGAUGAGAAGGCUUCCUCAGCAAUCCAUGCUGUCCGACUUGACAAUGAACUUAAUGGAAAGGCUGUCCAAGUACGCGUUGUUCAAGGCUAUGAACCUGCUCACUUCCUGAGGAUGUUCAAGGGCCGUUUGGUUGUAUUCCUUGGUGGUAAGGCUUCUGGCUUUAAGAAUGUACACGACCAUGACACAUAUGAUGCUGAUGGAACCCGCCUCUUUAGGGUGAGGGGAACCUGUGACUUCGAUACAAGAGCUAUUCAGAUGGCUGAAGAAGCUUCAUCUCUUAAUGGUGAUGAUGUCUUUGUCCUGGAGACACCAGGUGCUACCUACCUUUGGAUUGGUCAGGGAGCCAGUGAGGAAGAGAAAGCCAUGGGGGCUCGUGUGGCAGAGUUGGUGUCUCCUGGGCGUGAUGUACAGGAAAUGGCUGAAGGCAGUGAAGAUGAUGGCUUCUGGAGUGCUCUCGGAGGCCAGGCAGACUACCAGAAGGCUCGUGACCUUGACAAGCCACUCCUGUACCCUCGCCUCUUCCACUGUACCAUUUCUCCUGCUGGCUGCUUGAGGGUUAAUGAGGUUGCCAACUUUGGCCAGGAGGAUCUUAAUGAAGAUGAUGUCAUGGUCCUCGAUUCUGGUGAUGAAGUGUAUGUAUGGAUUGGAAGGGGUUCGGAUGACCAGGAGAAGGAAAAAGCAUUUGAGAUGGCUGAGACAUACAUCAAGACAGACCCAACAGAGAGAACUUUGGCUUCGACAGUGCUCCUCCGCGUGAACCAAGGAGAAGAACCAGCUGCCUUCACCAGCAUUUUCCCAGCAUGGAACCCUGACAUGUGGGAGAAGGAAAUGGUUUCCUACGAUGAUAUGAAGGCACAGCUGGCUGAAAUGAAUGCAGCAGCAGAGUAAUAAACUAAUUGAGAUGUUUUCUUCAGAAAAAAGUAUUAUUUAAAUGGCCAAAACACAAAAGAGGCUGUUACUUGUAAGCCUAAUUGGUUUUCACUCUUUGCCCAAGUUAGCUGCUUGAGUAUAAUGGAAUUGAUUUUAGUAUUUGCCUAUACUUUUUUAUGUGCCCUAAUUCAUAAUAAUCUCUUUUUAUUUUUGAGUGCACAUAUGUCAAAAGCACAAAAUAGGAGAGUGAAAUACUUUUUUUUUUUUGUGAAGUAUAUGAUUUACAACAAGAAGAAUUAUUUAAGAUUAGGACAGUAAAAAAAAAAAAAAAAAAAAAAAGAAAAAAUGGUGCUUUUGCUUUAUGCUAUGUAGAAAUCGGAGGAUCUCUCAAAGGUUGAAAUGCUAGUGCCUUAAGUGACGGGUCAUGCAAUUUUGUAAGUGGGCAGAUCUAGACACAUGCCUUGCUUAGUCCAGUACAGAAACACGUUGGAAAUCCUCAUCAGUGAAAUGUAGUUUAUAGAUAAUUUUUCAUUAUCUUUUUUAGGCUUUGGAUAGCAGUUCAAGAAUAUUUUUAUUAUACAUUUGAAUAAUUGUUAUGAAGACAUUUAUCCCAGUUUUAGAAUAUUUGGCAAUGUCACAGUGAAGGUAUGAUAAAAACAUACUUAAAAGUCAUGCUUUUUCCAUGUAACUUAAUAGUAUAGAAUUAGGCUUCCAGUAUGAUAAACAGAGCAUUUAUGUAGAACCUACUUUUCAACAAAUUAAAGAUUGAUAUCUCAAGAUCUUUUUUGAUUUGUAAGAGCAUUUAUUUAGCAGACUCGGUGCAUUAUCGCCAAAGCAUUUAAGCUAAAAGUCUAUUGCUGUAUUCUGUUUCGUACUUUUCUUGGAACUUACAACUUGGUACUUAAUCUUCCUAGUCAACUGAGUAUUGUCUCUUACUAUAAUUGUAUUUCUAUUAUUUGCACAAAAUAAAAGAAUCAAAAUCCA